GGACCCACGUGGGGAUACAGCUCCAAGAAGCGUGAGGAGUGUUCAACACCCACAUGGGUUUUGGAUUACCAAAUCCUUCAUCGGUUUGAUGUGGAUUUUUUUGGUGAUUUAAUCGGAUUUGACUGGGGGGAGAGGGAGUUUUUUGAGAUCUCCCCCCCUUUUGGCUUCGGAUUUGGGGUUUUGAUGAAGCAAUUCUUGUUUACGGGAAUGAUUAAAACGGAGAAAAGGAAAGCGGAAUUGGGGAAGAACAUGAGAGAUUUGAUUGUUUCUGGUUGAUUUUUUUGGUGAUUGUUAGUUGAAUUCACCUCUCGGGUCCGAUUUUUGAUCUGGGCCUUUCUCAAUUCCACCAAAUUUUACGGCUUUCGAUAUCGAUUUGAGCUAAAGUUGGCCAGGGCUGUCGUAUUAUAGCAACUCUUGUAAUGGGUUGGCUGAACAAAAUUUUUAAAGGUUCUAGCCACAAAAUUUCAGAGGGGCAGUACCAUGGACAAUCUGGCGAUGAUGGCUAUUGGAACGAACCCUCUAGUUCGUCGGUCGGGCCGUCAGAGGAUGUUCUUUCGGAGUUUGACAAUGAAGAAAUUGAUCGUGCUAUUGCGCUUUCCCUAUCAGAAGAAGAACAGAGAAAGGCAAAGGCAGUUGAGAAGGAAUCGCUCUUGGAUGAAGAUGAACAAUUUGCAAGAGCUUUGCAAGAAAGUUUGAAUGUUGAAUCUCCGCCCCGUGAAAAUGGCAAUACAUAUCAACCAUUACCUUUUAUCUUUUCUUCUGGGUUCAGGAUAUGUGCUGGAUGCAAUAGAGAGAUUGGCCAUGGACGAUUUCUCAGUUGUAUGGGAGCUGUUUGGCACCCUGAAUGUUUUCGGUGUCAUUCUUGUAAUCUGCCAAUAUACGACCAUGAGUUCUCCAUGUCUGGGAAUCACCCUUAUCACAAAUCCUGCUACAAAGAGCUUUAUCACCCAAAAUGUGAUGUUUGCAAACAAUUUAUUCCGACGAAUAUGAGCGGCCUUAUCGAAUAUAGGGCGCAUCCUUUCUGGCUACAAAAGUAUUGUCCUUCGCAUGAGAUGGAUGGUACUCCAAGAUGCUGCAGCUGUGAAAGAAUGGAGCCGAGGGACUCAAAAUACGUGACUUUGGAUGAUGGGCGAAAGCUUUGCCUGGAGUGUCUAGAUUCUGCAGUGAUGGACACGAGCGAAUGCCAGCCUCUUUACAUUGACAUACAAGAGUUCUACGAAGGUCUAAACAUGAAAGUGGAACAACAGGUUCCGCUUCUUUUAGUUGAGCGACAAGCUUUAAACGAAGCCAUGGAAGGAGAAAAGACUGGUCAUCAUCACCUCCCGGAAACAAGAGGGCUCUGCUUAUCAGAAGAGCAAACUGUGAGCACGAUAUUAAGGAGACCGAGAAUUGGGGCUGGAAAUAGAAUUAUGGACAUGAUAACGGAACCAUACAGACUCACUCGGCGAUGCGAAGUAACUGCAAUUCUUAUUCUAUACGGUCUCCCUAGAUUAUUAACAGGUUCAAUUCUAGCCCAUGAGAUGAUGCAUGCAUGGCUGCGACUUAAAGGAUAUAGGGGCCUUAGUCAAGAAGUCGAAGAGGGCAUAUGUCAGGUUCUCGCACACAUGUGGCUCGACUCAGAGCUCAUGUCGGGGUCCGGCAGUAACACCGCGUCCGCCUCAUCGUCAUCGUCGUCGUCGUCAUCCUCGUCAGGACCCACAUCAUCCAAAAAGGGUAUGCGAUCCCAGUUUGAGAGGAAACUCGGGGAUUUUUUCAAGCACCAGAUCGAGUCUGACACGUCUUCGGCUUACGGAGAUGGUUUUAGAGCUGGAAACGUAUCAGUUCUUCGGUACGGCCUUAGACGAACCCUUGACCAUAUAAAAAUGACAGGGAGCUUCCCACUAUGAUUUGCUACGAAUAUUGUUCUGCGUUAAGUUAAAACCUAAUUAUUCCUUUUCAUGCCUCGAGUCGAUUAUAAAAAGAAACCACACCCUUCUUUUGCGCAAAGUACAGUGAGAUGGUACAUGUAGACAUGGCUACGAUUACGGAAUAAAUUGGAAAUCCAGUUCAGAAUAUUUUUUUGACUU